GAGCUAUGCCGCGUGCAAAGUAUAAAUACGUUUUAGCUGGGUGCCAGUUGUCAGCCUUCGUGUAACGGCACCGUUAGAGGGACAGCUACAUCAACCAGGCACGGGAAGGUCACAAUGGCAGCACCGAAGAAAGUCUGCAUUAUCGGCUCUGGCAACUGGGGCUCUGCCAUCGCCAAGAUCGUGGGCUCCAACACGGCGACGAACCCAAAGUUUGACAAGACGGUCAACAUGUGGGUGUUCGAGGAGAUGGUGAACGGGCGCAAGCUCACUGAGAUAAUCAACACUGACCAUGAGAACGUGAAGUACCUGCCAGGACACAAGCUGCCCCCCAAUGUGUUGGCGGUUCCCGAGCUGCUGGAUGCUGUCAAAGGAACGGACAUCCUGGUGUUCGUCAUCCCGCACCAGUUUGUUGGAAGGGUGUGUGACACCAUCAAGGGCCACAUCAAGAGCGACGCUGUGGGCAUGUCUCUCAUCAAGGGUGUGGACGAGGGCCCCGAAGGGUUGAAGCUCAUCUCCGAUGUCAUCAGAGAGAAGCUGGGCAUCGUCAUGACGGUGCUGAUGGGAGCCAAUCUGGCCAAUGAGGUGGCUGAGGAAAAGUUCUGUGAAACCACCAUCGGUUGCAAGAGCGCGGAGCACGGCCCUGUGUUGAAGGAACUGAUGCAGACCAAAAACUUCCGUGUGACGGUGGUGGCUGAGGCCGAUGUGGUGGAGAUCUGCGGAGCUCUGAAGAACGUGGUGGCGGUGGGCGCGGGGUUCUGCGACGGCCUGGGCUUCGGGGACAACACCAAGGCGGCGGUGAUCCGUCUGGGCCUGAUGGAGAUGAUCGCCUUCGCCCGCGUCUUCUGCACGGCCGGGCCCGUCUCCCCGACGACCUUCCUGGAGAGCUGCGGCGUCGCCGACCUCAUCACCACCUGCUACGGCGGCCGCAACCGCAAGAUCGCCGAGGCCUUCGCCAAAACCGGGAAGACCAUCGAGGAGCUGGAGAAGGAGAUGCUCAACGGGCAGAAGCUCCAGGGCCCGGCGACCGCCGCCGAAGUUCACCACAUCCUCCAGCGCAAGAACAUGGUGGACAAGUUCCCCCUCUUCACCGCUGUGUACCAAAUCUGCUUCAAGGGCCUCCCAGUCAAAGAGUUUGUCACCUGUCUCCAGAACCAUCCGGAACACAUGUAACCUGCUGUGUGAUGUCGUAGGUGGGGGGGUCGGCUGGGGCGGAGGUUUUAGUGGGGAAGACCAUUGCCAAACUUAACGGUCUAACCACACCUGUUUCCACCUGCCUUCUGUAAGAGAAGGAACUAAAAGAAUAUUCCGGCAUUCUUCCACUGCUGUUGUGCCAUCCACCCCAAAAUCCAUCUCUUCCCUUGCGGGUCUCCUUAGUCACAAAAUGACCCGUUAGAGGAAACUAAGACCUGCUUUUGGAGCCAGGUCUGCUAUGAUAACUAAGACCUUCUUUUUGGAGCCAACUCUGCUAUGAUAACUAAGACCUUCUUUUGGAGCCAACUGUGCUAUGAUAACUAAGACCUACUUUUGCAGCCAACUCUGCUAUGAUAACUAAGACCUUCUUUUUGGGGCCAACUCUGCUAUGAUAACCUUUGUCCUUUAACCUGGGAUGACGAACGCAUUGAACACGAGCAUCUCCAUGCUCUUAAGCACUGCCAGUCCCUUUUUUCACAUGAAAUCAAAAUGGCGGAGUGUGAAUGCUUUUUCUGAAAGUGCCAUUCACAGGGCUUAGAAAAUACCUAAAGUGUUUUUAAAAAAAAACAUUUAUAAACUACCAUCUGUAAUACAAAGUAAUCCUAUGAUGUUGGACUUCCUUAGCUUUAUAUCUUAAAACUGCUAUAUCUGAGCUGAGCCCUGCAAGUGACAGGUUUUAACGUUCUUCAUUUGGCCAUUCCAAAAGCCUGGCAAGUUUUAAGUGCCUUCGAGUGUCUUUCUGUCCUGUUGGUUAAUACUCAGCUGGAUUAAAAGUUUCACUUUAAGAUGUUAAAUUUAAGCUGAAUGACACGUCCUUCCCCCGUGCUCAUUUUCACCCUCCAGCAGUUCCCUGCUCCUUGUUACGGUCUUCGGGUUUUUCCUGUGUAUGUAUGUGGAGAAUGUAUGCAAAAAAAUGUAUUUUAAAAAUUAAAUAUAUUUAUUUAAGCACAAAAA